UCCCAAGGUCAUCUUCACCGGUCAUCACAAAACUUCACAACACACUUUCCCCAAAACUCCAACAAAAUCCCUAAUUUUUUUUUUUUUUUUCUACUCGCUCUUUCUACGAUCAAUUUUGUAACAUCGAAAAUUCAAAUUCAUCGACAAAACCCUAGUUUUUUGGUCUACGAUGUCAUCUUCCGGGCAACAUCAGUUUAGGUACACCCAGACACCGUCGAAGGUUCUCCACUUGCGCAAUCUUCCAUGGGAGUGCUCCGAAGAGGAGCUUGUUGAGCUCUGUAAACCAUUCGGUAAGAUCGUCAAUACCAAGUGCAAUGUCGGCGCCAAUCGGAAUCAAGCUUUUGUCGAAUAUGCAGACCUUAAUCAGGCUAUCUCAAUGGUUUCGUAUUUUGCGUCUGCAUCCGAACCGGCCCAGGUCCGUGGUAAAACCGUUUAUAUUCAGUAUUCGAAUAGACAUGAAAUCGUGAACAAUAAGAGCCCUGGUGAUAUUCCCGGGAAUGUUUUGCUAGUUACCAUGGAAGGAGUGCAACCUGGCGACGUUACCAUUGAAGUUAUUCACUUGGUUUUCUCAGCCUUUGGGUUUGUCCACAAAAUUGCUACAUUUGAAAAGGCAGCUGGAUUUCAGGCGUUAAUUCAAUUCAGUGAUGUUGACACAGCAAGUGCAGCAAAGGAUGCGUUGGAUGGCAGAAGUAUACCUAGGUAUCUGCUUCUGGAACAUGUGAGUUCAUGUAAUCUACGAAUCUCAUAUUCUGCACAUACGGACCUGAAUAUUAAAUUUCAAUCGCACAGGAGCAGGGACUACACCAAUCCAUACCUUCCUGUGAACCCUACUGCUUUUGAAGGUCUUGCUCAGCCUGUUGUAGGUGCUGAUGGCAUUAAAAAAGAUCAGGAGAGCAAUGUGCUUCUUGCUGCAAUCGAGAAUAUGCAAUAUGCUGUUACAGUUGAUGUUCUUCAUACGGUAUUUUCUGCUUUUGGCACCGUUCAAAAGAUAGCGAUAUUUGAGAAAAAUGGCCAAACACAGGCUUUGGUUCAGUAUCCUGAUGUUAGUACUGCUUCUGUUGCCAAAGAUUCCUUGGAAGGACAUUGCAUUUAUGAUGGUGGCUAUUGUAAGCUUCAUCUAACAUACUCUCGUCAUACUGAUCUCAAUGUAAAGGCUCAUAGUGACAAAAGUAGAGAUUACACAGUCCCAGCGGUCCAACUGAGUCAAAGUUACCCCGGAGCUCCUACAGCACCAUGGAUGAACCCUCAACCUGGCGCUGGAUAUCCUUCAAAUGGAUACGGUGCUGGUGCUACUAUGCCGCCUCAGACUCAUGCGGCACCUGCACCCUCAUGGGACCCUUCUAUGCAGCAUGGAAGGCAAGCAUUCGUUUCUGUGCCUAGCAAUUUUCCUGGCCAAACAUAUACAUCAUCUCCUAUGCCUGCGUAUGCUUCAGCUCCGAUUUCACCAGCCCCUGGAGCUUCAAUGCCGAUGACUGCACCGGGUGCUUCACGGGUUAGCCCGUCUCCAUAUUACCCAUAAAAUAUGUUUAGGUUUUGAAGUGUUAUCUAACUGCUUGAUAUUUCUUAUAUUUAUAUGAAUUUUUUGGAGUGAUUGCAUUUCACUAGAUUCUAUUAUAAGUGAAGCCAACUUUUGUACUGCUCUUAGGUUUCCUUGAAAGGCCGAAACCAUCAAGAAAUGAAGUGAGGUAUCCAUCAACUGAUCAUUAGUGCAGUAUAAAUGUCAAAUGUCUAAAUUCUCUCUUCCAAUGGGACUUUUUCG